CUCACACACACACUCACACACACUCACAUACACACACACACACAUACACACACACACAGCUCCUCGCUCUCCUUCGUCGCUCAUAAAAAGGGGAUUGGACUGCACGGAAAAGGGGAAAAGGAAAAGGAAAACAUUUGACAGGAUGAACAACGGUUUCUUAAACAUGGCGUCGAUAGGCGACUUCGACCCGCUCAACGCGUCUAUUCCAGCCACCAAAGUUGAAAUCACAGUGUCCUGCAGAAACCUGCUGGACAGGGACACCUUCUCCAAAUCAGACCCAAUUUGUGUUCUCUACACACAAGGCAUGGGCAACAAGGAGUGGAGAGAGUUUGGGAGAACAGAGGUGAUUGACAACACGUUAAACCCAGACUUUGUGCGGAAAUUCAUUUUGGACUACUUCUUUGAAGAGCGGCAGAACCUCCGAUUUGACUUGUAUGAUGUUGACUCCAAGAGUGCCAACCUGUCAAAACAUGAUUUUCUGGGCCAGGCCUACUGUACUCUCGGAGAGGUGGUUGGUUCGUUGGGCAGUCGCUUGGAUAAAGCUCUAGGAGGGAUCCCAGGGAAGAAAUGCGGGACCAUUAUUGUGAAAGCAGAGGAGCUGAACAACUGCAGGGAGUCGGUGAUGAUGCAGUUCUGUGGGAACAAGUUGGACAAGAAGGAUUUCUUCGGCAAGUCAGAUCCAUUCCUCGUCUUCCACAGGAGCAACGAGGACGGCACGUUUACCAUCUGCCACAAGACAGAGGUGGUGAAGAACACGCUGAACCCGGUGUGGCAGGCCUUUAAGAUCCCUGUUCGGGCUCUUUGCAAUGGUGAUUAUGACAGAACAAUCAAGGUUGAGGUGUAUGACUGGGACAGAGAUGGCAGUCACGACUUUAUCGGAGAGUUCAGCACCAGCUACAGAGAACUAUCCAGAGGCCAGAGCCAGUUCAACGUCUAUGAGGUGGUAAAUCCAAAGAAGAAGGGGAAGAAGAAAAAAUACCUGAACUCUGGAACAGUGACGCUGCUGUCAUUCCUGGUGGACAUUGAAGUCACCUUCCUGGACUACAUCAAAGGAGGAACCCAGAUUAACUUCACCGUGGCCAUUGACUUCACAGCUUCCAAUGGAAACCCAGCCCAGCCCACCUCACUCCACUACAUGAGUCCCUACCAGCUGAAUGCCUACGCCAUGGCCCUGAAGGCAGUGGGGGAGAUCAUCCAGGACUACGACAGCGAUAAGAUGUUUCCCGCGCUGGGCUUCGGUGCUAAGCUGCCACCUGACGGACGGGUCUCCCACGAGUUUGCCUUGAAUGGGAAUCCUCAGAACCCGUACUGUGCAGGUAUCGACGGUGUGAUGGAAGCCUACUACCAGAGCCUGAAGUCAGUUCAACUCUACGGACCCACCAACUUCUCCCCUGUCAUCAACCAUGUGGCCAGGUAUGCAGCUUCAGUGAAGGACGGCUCCCAGUACUUUGUGCUCCUCAUCAUCACAGAUGGCGUCAUCUCAGACAUGGCCCAAACCAAGGAGUCUAUUGUCAACGCCGCCUGUCUGCCAAUGUCAAUCAUCAUUGUGGGGGUCGGGCCUGCAGAGUUUGACGCCAUGAUUGAGUUGGACGGCGAUGAAGUCCGAAUCUCAUCCAGAGGAAGAUACGCUGAGAGAGACAUCGUUCAGUUCGUCCCAUUCAGAGACUACAUCGACCGGACGGGGAACCACAUCCUGAGCAUGGCCCGGCUCGCCAAAGACGUCUUGGCCGAGAUCCCCGACCAGUUCCUCUCCUACAUGAGGACCCGUGGGAUCAAGCCGUCGCCGGCACCGCCACCCUACACGCCGCCAAGCCAACCUAUCCAAACCAUGAUAUGAGGAGCGAUGCGGAGAAAGGUUUUAGGAGUAAGGGGUCAACUUCACUGACUUAACGCGCGAUAUACUUCCAUUUCCUUAAAGCCGCUCUCCAUGCCUUGUCGUCGUGGAUCACGGUGGUCUUUCUUGUGUUCAGGAAGCUGCAUGUCGGGCCAAGAGAGUGUCGCUUUUCGAGGGCAGGAAAAGCCAAUGAGAGUCUGUUUACUUCCACUGUCAAGCAUUCCUGUUGCUGUCUGGAUUUUUUGUUGUUGUUGUUGCCUGGAAAACCUGGACAGGCUUUGGAGAGAGUCUGGAUUGAAGCUGGGAAUGAUCUCAUCUGUCUGAUCCACCUGAUGAAGGAAGGGAGGGAGGAGGAAACUAACCUAGAGACGUUGUAAAGAGAAUGUCUCCAGACAAAACAAAGGAAUCACUUGAUCUUAAAUGAACACUAACUUCUCCUGUAAAUAACUGGACAUGUAUAACUUCUUUUCUCUCUCUCUCUCUCUCUCUCUAUCUCUCUCUCUCUCUCUCUCCAACUCACUCAUUGUUUACAGUAAAUGCUAACAAGGAUUUUUACUGUUGAUACUUUUAUAUACACAUAGUUUCAAUAUGAAGCUUGUAAUACUCUAAUGUAAUUCUCUCUCUCUCUC